CGCCGUGCCGGCGCCGCCCUGACAGGCGGAAGUGGCGCCGGUGUCACCGCGGCCCGGCUCACCGGCGCCGUCGGCUGCAGUUCCAGGGCCUCCGUCACCGCGUCUAACUGCUGUAGUAACCUGGGUCCGGGGCCUCGGUGGUGCUCCGAUGUCCCUCACCCACCCCUGAAGAUCCCAGGUGGGCGAGGGAAUAGUCAGAGGGAUCACAAUCUUUCAGCUAAUUUAUUUUACUCCGAUAAUCGGCUGAAUGUAACAGAGGAACUAACGUCUAACAACAAGACGAGGGUCCUGAACGUCCAGACCAGGCUCACGGGCUCCAAGCACAUCGACUGGAGAGCGGUGCUGAGUGGCGGCUGCCUCUACAUCGAGAUCCCAGGCGGGGCCCUGCCCGAGGGGAGCAAAGACAGGUAGGGGCCCCGGGGCUGUCCCCCCCCCCCCCCCCGGGGGGGGGGGGGGGGGGGGGGCCGGGGGGGCCCCCCCCCCCCCCCCCAGCACCGGAGCCUCCCGGCGUCUGGUGAUGGGCUCGCGCGGCCCCAGGGCGGCGGUGUCUCUGACGGUGUCUCCCCUGCAGCUGCCUUGCUCCGGACCUUCAGCUUUUUGGGCUUUGAGAUUGUGAGACCGGGGCAUCCCCUUGUCCCCAAGAGACCCGACGCUUGCUUCAUGGCCUACACGUUUGAGAGAGAGUCUUCGGGGGAGGAGGAGUAGUGGCGGCACCGCCCGCCGCCCUGGCGCUCUGCCGCGGGAGCCCUCGGAGCCUUCGCUGCGGUCCCUUUGCGUGUUUUGCUUUGCGUGGCCGGCGUGACCGACUGCUUCGCCGGGGGCGCGGGCGGCAGGGUGCUCGCCUCUGCUGGGUGUGUCCGCAUGUUGUGAUUGUGCAAAUAAAUGCUCACUCCAAAUUAGCAGUAUAUUUCCUGAAGUUUAAUAUUGUGUUUGUGAUACUGAAGUAUUUGCUUUAAUUCUAAAUAAAAGUUUAUAUUUUACUUUUUUA